CUUGCCAUCCCUGGAUCAGUGCGAUUCGUUUUUUUAGCCUGAAUUCACCGCAUCUCGUUUGCUUGCCCAGAGUUCAAGGCAUCUCAUUCGUUCACCAUGAGUUCAACGCCUCGCGUUCAUCCGGCCUUAUAACUGUCAUCCGUAGAAUAAUGAGGGAGCCUGGAACAAAAGCAGAUUCAAGGGUCUUCUUCCUUUAAAGAUGCAUCGUAUUACAGGUCAUUCAACACCUCGACGUCAAAACCAUGGAAAAGGAGGGAUACAGAUUAGAUAUAACCGAAGGACAAAGAUAAGGGAUGGAAAUAUCUUGCCAUUGAAGGUUGACUAAAUAGAAAAUUACAAGCAACCUUUUGGGAGUGAACCAGGAAGGUCGGGGAUCGGAAGUGGUGAAGAGGGGUUGAAGCUAUAGCCAUUUCUGACCAAUACAACCCUCAACAAAGCUAAGCUUCUUGUUAAAUUUUAGAGACAGGUUUUGGCAUGUGACUCAUCAACAAGCUUUGCUUCAGUUAAUGGUUUUCAAGACUUGUGAUAUGGAGCAGAUUAAGCAUGCUCACAAGGAGUUCAAUUACCAGAGUACCAGUGUCGCUGCUCUUUUCUAGAGUUUCCUUUCCACUUACACUCUACAACAAUGGGUUGAUCUUCUUGGAUUUGAGCUUGAACUGCCUGCCAAAUGCUGCUUACAGUUCUACUUGUAAUGCUGAAUUCUUCAGCCAAUUUUUUUAUGGGGUGAAAAGAUUGGAUAAAGGGACUUCAAUAACUUGGGGAAGAUGGUCAAAGGAAGAAGAAUCAUCUUCGGAACAAGUCAACGAAGGAGACGGAGAGUACAACGGGGACUCGAAUGGAGAAUUCAUUGGAGAAGGAAGGAAAAAGAACAGAGGAGGAAUGCAUUGAAUGCAGUCACUGCAUUCAUUUAAGUAGAGAAAGUGUACUAUUUUUGGAGGGAUGUCCCUGGAGGGAAUUUUAAAAUUCUCCAAAAAUAGCCAAAUAUUUUAAAAACAUGUUUUGGUGUGUAUUUGAAUGGAUUCUGUGGCUGGUGUUGUGUGGCUGUGUUGUACUUUUGCCUAACCCCCAUCAUUACCCUCGUGUGUGUUGGGAGGGAAUGAGUUGUUUACACUAUUUGCUUUUGUAUUUUUUAUGGGCAAGUACAUUCUACAUUAAAUGCAAUUUAUUUUA